CCUUGGCUCCCCUUAUAGCCCAGACUGACAGCCGUCUGUAGUUGGCUCAAAUUAGACUUUACUCAGAUGCACUGAAGACAGGACAUGACUACUGAGCCAAGUUUCGAGCCAUGUGUGAAUUGCAGUGGGGGGGUGUAUGGAGGUGGCCAGGCCUGCCGGGCUAUGGGAAAGCUCUACCACGACAGCUGUUUCAUCUGCAGCGUCUGCGACCAAAGACUGCAAGAACAGCCUUUCUACAGUGUGUCUGGUAAACUGUUCUGUGAAGAUCACUUCAAGCACUCUGAGGCCCAUCCUUCUACACAAACUUGUGACUCAUGUGGCUUUCUCAUCAAGGAUACGGUCCUUCAGGCCUUUGGAAGCUGCUACCACCCAGCCUGUUUCUGCUGUGUGAUCUGCUGUCAGAGUCUGGAAGGAGCACUAUUCUUCCUGGACUCAACAAAUAGGGUGUACUGCCUCAAAGACUACCAGAGGUAUGUGGCUCCAAUCUGUGCCACCUGCCGUCGACCCAUUCUACCUUCUGAGGGAUCAGCGGUGACAGAGCGCAUUGUGUCAAUGAACCGAGAUUACCAUGUGGAUUGUUUUCAAUGAGAUCAUCCCUGAGAAAUAGACUGCAUGAAGGAUAAGAAAGGUCACGGCCAUUACAG